ACACACAAUUCUUGGCUGCUGAGCAGCCAAUGGAGGCCAUGCUAAAAACCGAGAAGAUCCUACACAUAAGGAGUUCUAGGGGGAAAACAGUGCGAGUCGUUCGGGAGCAUUAUGUGAGAGAUUCGGUUCCCUGUUAUAGCAUUCUUUGUCCUGGUUCGUGUCAGAACGAUGGGAAAUGUUUGUCAGGUGAUGUGACCCAUUACCUUGUUCCAGACUGGAAGGUGGUGCAGGAUUUCCAAGAGAUCCUAGAGUUUGUUGACCUCAAAGGAGUGAUAUUUAUGCAGACAGCAUGCCAGGCAGUGCAACACCAGAAAGGAAGACGGCAGUACAGGCGACUACAGGGUCUGCUGAAGGAUGCCCACCAUGACUGUAUUCUUUUCUCAAAUGAGUUUCAAAGAGAAUCUUACUUUCCCCGAGAGAAAGGAGAGUCUUUUGAGAAAUGGCAGACCAGGUGUAUCUACUAUGCUACUGUUUGGUACUUUCAUCACCUAAAUGGUACAGUGCCUUUGGUUAUGAUUUCAGAAGAUGAAGAAACCAUUAAAGAGUAUGGGAGCAAAACACAAGGAGUUUUUCUAACUUCUGUUAAGGACUAUCUGGAUAGCUUCUGGCCCCACCUGAACACCGCACAUGACCUCUAUGAUUCCAUUACCCAGUCACUGCGAGAGAAAGGAAGUGAAAGUCGAGAAAAAGAGUACCCAGAGCACCUGCCUCUUAGUGUUCUGGAGACUGGAAUAAAGUCUGGAAGAUAUAUUCAGGGAACACUCAAUGUCAACAAGCACAGAGCACAGCUAGAAGCCUAUGUUCGGGUUCAGGGCUCAACAGACAAGAAUACUGAGCUCAAUAGUGACAUCCUGGUGUUUGGGUGGAAGCCACGGAAUCGUGGAAUUCAUGGAGAUGUGGUAGCGGUGGAGCUUUUGCCACGUACGGAAUGGAGGGGUCGAGUAAUAGCUCUAAGUGAAAAUGAGACCGAAAAUGGAGAGGAACCCCAGAGCCAGCCAGUACCUACAGGGCGAAUAGUAGGAAUCAUUCAGAAAAACUGGCAGGAUUAUGUAGCAACAUUUCCUCCUAAAGAAGAAAUCCAGUCCCAAGUAAGCAACUCCAAGAAGGUGCUGGUUACCCCCUGGGAUUAUAGGAUCCCCAAAAUUCGCAUCAGCACUCAGCAGGCAGAGACCUUGCAGGACCAGCGUGUAAUUGUACGGAUUGAUUCGUGGGAGGCCUCUUCUUUAUAUCCCAGUGGCCACUUUGUCCGAGUAUUGGGCAGAGCGGGAGAUCUGGAGACGGAGCUGGCUGCCAUUCUAGUUGAGAACAACAUUCAGGUGCUGCCUUUUUCUGAAGCACAGAUGCGAGAGAUGCCUGCUUGCAAUCCUGAAACUCCCUGGACAGUUGACCCAUGUGAGGAAUUGAGGAGAAUGGAUCUAAGAAAUACUCACUUAGUGUAUAGCAUCGACCCCAAGGGCUGUGAAGAUGUAGAUGACACAUUGUCUGUUCGCCUACUAAACAAUGGGAACCUUGAACUUGGUGUUCAUAUUGCAGAUGUUACACAUUUUGUCAAGAUGAACUCUCUCACCGACCUAGAGGCCCAAGCAAGGGCUACAACAUACUACCUGGCUGACCGAAGAUUUGACAUGCUGCCAGCUGUCUUAAGUGCUGACCUCUGCUCACUACUGGGAGGCCUUGAUAGGUAUGCAGUGAGUGUGCUAUGGGAGCUUGAGCAUAGUUCCUACAAGGUGCUACAUGUGUGGUAUGGUCGUACCAUUAUCCGCUCCUCAUAUAAGCUUUUCUAUGAAGCAGCGCAAGCUUUGUUGGAUGGAGACUGGACAGUGGUAGAAGAGAUCCCAGAGCUGAACAGCCUGCCUAAAGAUGAAAGAGAGAAGAAGCUUGAAGUGCUCAUCUGGUCACUCCGUAGCUUGAUGGAUGUUGCUAGACAUUUUAGAGCCUUAAGAGACCAAGGUGGUGCACUCGAGCUAGAAGGCAUGGAACUGAAUGUUCAGCUAGACCAACAAAAGAAUAUUGCUGACUUGGUACCAAAACAGCCUCUUGAAGUGCAUGAGACUGUUGCUGAAUGCAUGAUCCUUGCCAAUCACUGGGUGGCUAAGAAGAUCUGGGAGAGCUUCCCUCAUAUGUCGUUACUACGACAACACCCACCUCCUCGGAAAGAAUUCUUCACAGAGCUGAUAGAGUGCGCCCAGGCCAAAGGUUUCCAUAUUGAUGUCAGCAACAAUAAGGCAUUAGCAAAAUCCCUAGACCAGGCAGUGUACCCCAGCGACCCAGUGGUGAACAAGAUUCUGCGAUUCAUGGCUACGCGAGCCAUGUCCAGCGCUAUGUAUGUUUCGUCGGCAGUGUGUCCACAAGUCCAGUGUUAUCACUAUGGCCUUGCUUUGGAUAUGUACACACAUUUUACUUCUCCUAUUCGAAGAUAUGCAGACAUUCUGGUUCAUCGCCUCCUGAUAGCUUCACUGACCAUGGAUAAGGACCGGCUGCUGGGUGGUAGAGAGCUCCACAAGCUGGCUGAGCACCUCAAUGACAGGAAUAAGGCAGCUCAGAGGGCACAAAAACAGUCUGUGGAGCUUUUCCAGUGCUUAUACUUCAGAGACAAAGACCCUCUAGUGGACGAGCGCUGUGUUGCAGAUGCAGUCAUCUACUCGAUCCGGGAGAAUGGUGUGCUAGCCUUUGUGCCUAGAUACGGAAUCAAAGGGGCAGUCUUUCUGAAGAACCAGGAGGGCCUUGUGGUCAGUGUUAGUCCUGAUGGUAGCUGUACUUGGAUGCCAGGAACUUUACAGAGAUUUCCAGACAGGAUCCGCUCCGCAUGUGCCACUGGCUCUACAGUCUUCAGCUUGUUUGAGCACAUCACGGUGAAGAUUUUGACCCAGCCAUCCCGCUCUCAUGCAGACAGAAUUAGGAUGGAAAUCCUCAAAAACAAGCCACAUAUGUCUCAGCACCAGUUUCAAGAUGGCGAGUGUAGUCAAUCAGCCAAAAUGGACUUUGUAAAAGAAGUGAUCCAGUCUGCAGCUGCAGUCCAGAACACGGACAAAGUCACAAUGGCGGACCCGACCCAGAGAAACGACGACUACUGCCAGUCGGGGCCGGACAGCCUGUACUGUCUUCUGGAACACAUCCGUGAACUAGCGCUGCUCGAUGUGAAUGGUAUGACGAAGGACCCCAGCCUGCAACCGGCAGUACAUGGGACUUGAAACAAAAGAUUACUCUGCUGCUUUUUUGUAUAA